AAAUCGUUGGGUGUGAGACCAGACAAAAUAGUCAACCCUCAAAUCUAAAACACUUAACACUUGGUGUGUAUGUGAAAAACAAACAAUCCACCCAUCACCGCUCUAUUAAACGCCGCCGUCUCCGCCGAUUAUGGGGUUCAUCGCCUGGGCCCCAUCUCCAUCGCUGACCCCUUCUCCAUCUCCGUUAUCUUCAGCGUCAACUACUCCGUCUUCGACGUCGUCGUCGUUGUCGUCUCCGCCGCCUUCGAAGCUUCCAGUUGAAUUCAGUCCAACGUUGAUCGCCAUGGUGGUGGUUGUGGCCGCAGCAUUUCUGAUCGUCACGUAUUCGCGUCUGAUCUCGAAACGGCUUAUCCCUCUAAUUCUACGUUUACUCAACUUCAUCCGCCGCCGCAGUCGGCGACGACAACGCUACUUACCAUCCACAACGACCGACCUCGACUCACUUCCGCCAUCUGAUCCGUUCGAGCUCCCUCUUUCCCCUUACGGCCUCGAUGAAUCUGCCAUCAAAACGCUGCCGCUCUCUCUGUACAGUUUGAAAACCAGACCCAACAACAGCCCCAAAGACUGCGCCGUGUGUUUGUUGGAGUUCGAAGACAACGAAUAUGUCCAAACACUCCCCGUUUGCUCGCACGCCUUCCACGUGGAUUGCAUUGACGUCUGGCUGAAAUCGCACGCUAAUUGCCCGCUGUGUAGAGCUCGAAUUUUCGCCACGGAAUCUCCUUUCACACCGUUAAUGGCGGCGAGAAUCCGUCCGAGCCUUGACGACACGGUUUUCGUCAACAACGCUCUGGAUUCCCUGACGGAAACACCUCUCCAAACUUUCCCGAACAACACCGUAACGGAGAUAACCGAAGAGGCGUCACCGAGAAGAACAAACGGAAGCAAUACUUGCGAGGAAAAGUUUAAUUUUGUGUUGAAAAGGUCGUAUUCAUUUGGUUUCGAGAGGAGUUUAGCGGCGGAGAGGAUGAUGAUAACGGAGCCCAACACGGCUUCGCCUUGGAGGUAUAGAAGAGGAGGGAAUGGGUUUUGGAGCAAAAGGGCAUCUCCGUUUGGGUCGUUAAUGAUGAAACCCAGGGUUUUCUCGUUUAGAUACUACAGAGGGAUGAAAGGUUCACCCUUUUUCCGUCGGAGAGGGUUUUUCCCAUUGUCGGAAUCAAGCAUCAGAUUUUCCGGCGGCGGAGGCGGCUCGUCGAGAAGAAGUAAGUCGAUGGCGAGCCCGAUGUUUUUAAGAUCAACGGCUUCAAGCGUGGCGGCUUUCUCGUCGAGCCGGCUCCGUUGCGGCGACCCAGAAGCAUUGCUCUCACCGGAGAGGUUCAACAGAAGAUAAAUAAAAAAGAACAGAGAAGCCAUUCUUUCUUCAGAGAAAACCCAGAGUGGACACGUGGACAGCUGGAUGGAGAGAACGGCGGGAGAUAGGAGAGCGGAAAGGCGGGGAGGCAUUAAUGAAAGGUGGGGAAAGACUAUUAAUGAAGAAAUUGACGAGACACGAUUGAAGGAGGAGGAGGAGGAGGAGAGGAGAUGACAAUAAAUGCAGAGGCGUUGGAGUUUGGUGUGGUGUGGUGCGAAUACGGUGAUUCUAUAUAAUGCCGUUGGCUUGGUUGUAGUUGGUUCGGGUUUCCAACCAAUAAUACUCAUACGAGCAUUUAAGUAGCUUAAACCAGUAACCUCCAAAAUCCACAACAGUAUAAAAUGUAAUAGCGUUGUAUGGAAUCCUUUAAACCUUCAAAUUCAAAAGCCGUGCACCUGCUCUAGAUGUCAGUCUAUUACGUUAUUUUCGGGGUCAAUUACAUCAACCUCCUACUUAACGAAGUUAGUUAUCAUCUUGACGGUGGCAAAAUCCCGUAUGCAAUGAAUUAGCAACCUAAAUGACUGAGCUUUGAAUGUAAUCACAGGGAAAGUUGAAGGGGUUUGCAUGCAAUUUACCUAUUAGUU